GAGGUAGUCCACCCCAAAGCAAGAACCCACCCUUCGGUGAGGCCGAGUGACCCCUUCGGAGCUCAAAACAAGUGAUUCCUGAUCCAAUUUCUUCUUCUUCUUUGUAAAAUUCCUUCUCGGAAUCCUUUUCUGAAAUCAUCUGCGUUCUUUGGAAGAAAAAGACUGAUUUUUGAGCCUUUUUUUUUGAUUUCUGAGGCUCCAAAAAAAAAAAAAGGUAUUCUUUUUCCGAGAGAAACAGAGAUCCGGACCCCCUUUUUCCCCUGUGCUUUGAUUGCUAGUUUCUUUUCUUUUGUUUUUUGUUUUUUUUAUUUUCUGCUCUUAAAAUUUCCUAGACCUAGAGGGUUUGUUUUUCUAUACCCUCAGAUCGGUUUUCUGUUCUCUUCUUGUCUCUUUUAUUUUAAACCUUAGUUUGAUCAAAAGAUCCACCUUUUUAGGUCAGCCUCUUUCUUUAGUUCCUCCUCUGAAGGCCCUCUUGCCUGUUCCUUGGUUUUGUUUUAGAACCAAAAGGGUUUUUUCUCCUUUUUUUUGUUCUUCUUUAGCAAAAGCUUUGGUUUUGCUUUGAAGAGAAGUCAUGGCUGCAGCUAUAGAUAUAUUUACCUGCUCAUCAGACCCUCUAAGGGAGGAGCUCAUGCAAGCACUUGAGCCUUUUAUGAAAGGUGUUUCCACCUGCUCCUCUUCUUAUAAUUCCUCCUUUCAUCCCACCACCCCAGAAUCCCCCUCCCCCUCCUCCUCCCCUUCUUCUUCUCCAUCCCCUCCUCCUUUCCUUUCUUCCUACUCCUCCCCAUUCUCAUUCUCUUCUCCCUCUUAUUCCUAUCAAAUUCCCACCUUGGAUUGCUCCCUCGCUUCCACAUCAAUCUCCGACAUGAUCCCCCAAGCCGUCCUGAUCCAAGAUUCCCACAGCUUCGGCCGGCCGGGCCCGGUCGGGCUCGACUACCUCAGCUUGGCGCCAAUCCAGCAGAUCCAAGUUCAAUUCCAGCACCAGAAUCCGAGGCAAUCGCAGCAGCAAAUGAGCCUCCUUGGCAUGAGGCCCCAGCCGAUGAAGCGCACCGGCUCGCCGCUCCCUCUGCCGAAGCCCACCAAGCUCUACCGUGGGGUCCGGCAGCGCCACUGGGGCAAAUGGGUGGCCGAGAUCCGUCUACCCAGGAACCGCACCCGCCUCUGGCUCGGCACCUUCGACACCGCCAAGGAGGCUGCUUUGGCCUACGACCGCGCUGCCUACAAGCUCCGAGGCGACGCUGCGAGGCUCAAUUUCCCUGAACUUCGGUGCAGCGGAGCUCAUUUAAGUGUCCCUCUCCAUUCCUCUGUUGAUGCCAAGCUCCAAGCUAUUUGCCAGAGCUUGGCCAGUUCCAAGAAACAGGGGAAAGGCGUAUCCAAUUCAGUGAUCCCAGAGGAGGUUGGCACAAAGGGUGAAUUGGCUUGCUCUGGAACGGAUGACAACAAGUCGGAGAGCUCAUCGUCGGUAGAUGGGGAUGAGUCGUCUUCAGGAUCGCUGGCGGUCUCCGAGAUGCAGUACCUGGACUUCACGGAGGCGCCAUGGGAUGAAUCAGAGAGCUUUAUGCUGACGAAGUAUCCAUCUUGGGAUAUCGAUUGGGAGUCGAUUCUCUCCUCUGAUCAAUAGUCUGUAAUUAUUAGUUUCUGGUUUGGUGAUUGGUGUCUUCAGGGGCUGCUGCAAAUGGGAUUUUAGACAUUUGCAACGCUCCUGUUGAGACUUUGGAGAUCAUUGGGAUAGUUAUUAAGGUUUCUUUUAGGGACGGAGUCUGUGGAUAUGUAUUUACUUAGAAUCUCCUGGUUUGCUGGUUUUUUCUAGGCAUUACCAGGGAUAAAGUUGUUGUCUUUGUGAUUGGAAUUGUGAAUAUUAUGGUAGCUUUGUAAGUGUUGAAGCUUUGUGGUUAUUAAUAUGUUCUAGAAUUUUGGUGUGGAUGUGAUGAAUUAUCAAGGUCAAGAAUUUUUGCAUAGUUU